AUCGGACAGUGUUUCCAAUUAAUCUAGGCGAUUCUCGUGAUCUCAAAUCUCCUUAGUCUCGAAGUGUUUCGUAGUUAGUUAAGUGACCUUAGGAUUGCCAUAAUGAAGUUCUUGAUCGUCUUCGCCUGCAUCGCGGCAGCCAGCGCAGCUCCCGGAUUCUACGACGGAUUCGCUGGUCACGGGUUCGACGCCGGUCAUGGCUUUUCCUCGUACGCCGUAGCCGCCCCUGCCCCAGUGGUCAAAUACGCUGCCCCAGCUCCGGUAGUGUCCGUAGUUCAUGCUGCCCCUGCCGUCCACGCCGUGGCUCCAGCUCCGACGAUCGUGAAGGCCGCCGUCCCAGCCGCAACUAGCUACGCCUCCAUCCAUCAGGUGCACACCCCGGUUGUUCACGCUGCCCCAGUCGUGAAAUACGCCGCCCCAGCACCUGUGGUAUCGUACGCAGCCCCAGCUCCCGUAGUUAAGUACGCCGCUCCAGCCCCAGUGGUGUCCUACGCUCCGGCUCCGGUGGUCAAAUACGCUGCCGCCCCUGCCUACGUUCAUGCUGCUCCGGCUCCUCUGCUGAAGUACGGAGGAUUCCACGGAUGGUAAAUCGGAGGGUGCCAAAGAAUACCACCGACCGCCAACGAGAAUUAUACCGCCAGUGCUCAGAUAUUAGGAUAUUACCGGAAUGCUGUAGUCGCGAGUGUCGGAUUGAACAGUAUGUGAAGUCUGCUCUCACUCAUAGAUCGUUAUUGGUUAUCUAAUGCUAUAAUUAGAGUGGUAAUAUGGAAAGUAAACUGUUUUGCACGGUUGAACGAAAGAUUGCUGAUGCUGUGAAACUAAUAAAACUGUU